AUGACGUCACCCUGCUGCCGUCCCCGCGCAGGACGGGCGCCAGGAGCCGCCGCCGCUGUCGGUGCCCGCCCGGAGCCGCCUCCGGUGGGGCGGGUCGCGGCGCGGCGCAGCGCAGGGCGGGUCCCGGCGCAGAGCUGCUGCCGGGUGCGCUGGGCCCGGGCAGCUGCCGUGCCAGCAGCUUUUGGCGGUGCGAUGCGGAUGGCGGUCGGUGCAGCAGCGGGCGAGGGGGCAGCGCAGAGCCCCGGCCCCGCCGCCGUGUCGCUGGGCUUGAGCGUGGCCGUGGUCUCCAGCUUGGUGAACGGCUCCACCUUCGUCCUGCAGAAGAAGGGAAUCGUGCGGGCCCGCGGGCGAGGUACUUCAUACUUAACAGAUAUAGUAUGGUGGUCUGGCACUAUUGCAAUGGCUUUGGGUCAAAUAGGGAAUUUCUUGGCCUACACUGCAGUUCCAACUGUGCUAGUGACACCCUUGGGAGCUCUUGGCGUUCCAUUUGGGUCCAUUUUAGCUUCUUACUUACUGAAAGAAAAACUGAACAUUCUUGGCAAGCUGGGAUGUUUGCUGAGCUGCGCUGGGUCUGUUGUUCUCAUCAUCCAUUCCCCAAAGUCCGAGAGCGUAACAACUCAGGCUGAGCUUGAAGAGAAGCUUACAAAUCCAGUUUUCGUGGGUUAUCUCUGCAUAGUGCUGCUAAUGCUUCUCCUGCUUAUCUUCUGGAUAGCUCCAGCUCAUGGACCUACAAAUAUCAUGGUUUACAUCAGUAUUUGCUCUCUGUUGGGCAGCUUCACUGUUCCCAGCACAAAAGGCAUUGGGUUGGCUGCUCAGGAUAUCUUUCACAAUAACCCAUCGAGUCAAAGGGCUCUGUACCUCUGUCUAGUACUUCUGGCAGUAUUAGGAUGUAGCAUUAUAAUUCAGUUCAGAUACAUCAAUAAGGCACUGGAAUGUUUCGACUCCUCUGUGUUUGGUGCCAUCUACUACGUUGUGUUUACCACUCUAGUCCUGCUGGCUUCAGCCAUCCUUUUCAGGGAAUGGAGUAAUGUAGGAGUGGUAGAUUUCUUAGGAAUGGCUUGUGGUUUCACCACAGUAUCUAUUGGAAUUGUUCUUAUACAAGUCUUCAAGGAAUUCAACUUCAAUAUUGGGGAUUUAAAUAAACCUAACAUGAAGACAGAUUAAAAUAUUUUUUUGAGGGGAAACUGGAUGGCUCAGGGAAGGAUGCAGAGCCUUUCAUUUCUAGGUCACUGAUUCAAAUGUCAUUCAGGUUGGUUGUUACUCUCUGACGAUUUGGUGGCCUAUGUGAAAUGAAUUGGAGGCCUCCAUCCAGUUUCAAAGGAACAGUUGUCCGUGUACCCCAGUCAACACAAUAAUUGACCUUAAUUAGAAACACUGAUUGAGUUAGCAUAGAGACUGAUGUAUUUCCUUACUUUAAAAGGUAAUCUGUCAGAAAAGAUCUGAGGAUAUUCUACUUUUUAUUGAAAGCUUGUAUUGUGGCUUCUGAGGCACUGUUUUUAUUGGCAGAGAACAUCAGUUUCUAAUGCACUCAAUGUGACACCUUCCAUGAGUGAUGUAUACCUUAAAAUGUAGGGGGGGGGGGGAGGAAGAAAAGUGAGUGAAGCAAUACAUUAAUCUCAAUAUAACAAUUUGUUCACUAUCAAGGCUGUGAGUUCUGAGACAAACGUUAGUUGAACCAGGUUGGUCCUUUUAGUGACCAUCUCAGCAACUUUGUCUGCCAUGCAGUGAAGACACAGGAGAGUUUUAAAUUGAAUUCUUUAUACAGAGUGGUGAGAUCCCUAAAAAUCUUUCACUAAUUACUUAUCAGCUGAUGGUAGUAUCCAGGUAUGCGUUUUUCUUUGUAACUUAUGUGCAUUACUUCACUCAUCUAAGAGGUUUUUAAUUUGGAGCAGGCAGAAAGACUGAAGGAUGUGGAAAUGAUGCACAGACUCAUUGCCUAUACGAUGGCUUAUUUGUAAGCAGCUCAGAAUUAUCUCAGUGCCUUUGUAAUCCAAAAAUACUGCAUAAAUGUGAAUGUAUUCAUUUCAGAUGGCCUGUACCUGUUUAGUAAUUUAAUUUCACUGUCUGUAAUAUUGGGACUGUAUUCAAAUUCUAAACAUGUAAAGCAUCCAGAGGGAGCCACACAUUUUUGGCAGAAUUUACAAACCCAAACUAAAACCCUUAGAUGCCUUGACAGCUUCUGUAAAACCCAUCGUCGUAAUGGGAAGAGGUAAUCUAUGGGAGGACUGUUUAAAGCAGUGCAGCAUACCUUUAUUUCACUAAAUACAGGAAAAUACUCUGUGAAGUAUCUAAUAAGCAGGGACCACAGAAAAUAAAUUGAAGAGAAGAGCAUGAGAUUUCUCAUUGCUCACAAAAAGGUGGUCUAAUGCUCUUGUAACACGGGAAAAGGAGGUUAAGGACUGAAAGAGCAUAGGCACUCAGAGAUGAAUUUCAGAUGAUCAAGAGGGAUAUGCAUUCAGAUCCAGCAUUUACAGACUUCUCUGAGCAGUUCAGCUACAAUAUUUUGACAAGUAGUACAGAUAGCUUAAGCUAUGAGUGGAAUGGUUCUGAACUGUUGGGCUUAAACCAUUUACAGAAUAUUGAUCUGUCAGAGAAAGAAACAGUUAAAUAUACCUAAAAUGUGAAAAUUAGUAGUUAAAAGAUUACAAAUCAAAAGCAUCUAAGGAAAGCUUGAAAAGUAGUGAAUGUUGGUUUCCAUUUAAGUACAAAAAUGGAAGGGUACAGUGGAACUCAACGUCUGUAGCUCCAAACAUCUCUUUAAACAAACAGAGUGCGCUAACAUGAUUACGAAACAGUAUUUGAAAAAAUUCACACCACUUUAUCAAGUAAUCAUGCAUGUAGCUUUGUGGCUGACUGACAGGAAUGUGGACAUGGAUUAAUGGGGGAGUAAUACAUGCACAUUCAUGAUGUUUUUUUUUGUUGAUCAGAAUUAAUGUUACCUUAAAAUUCAGCCUUCAUUUUCAUUUCAGAAGAAUGGCAGCAAUAAUUGCAAACAGUGAAUCCUAAGGAUUUAGUAUACUGAAGGGUCUGUCUUGAGGGAAUAUGAGCCCAAAUAUGUAACUUGGAAGCUUGUUUUAUAAUUCCAAGCAGGCAGGGGAUGACUCUGAGUUGGCAGAAAUGUGUGUUGUUAUAGGCCAGCAUGGAAACUGGGUGAAAUACAAUAGUACUGGAAGAGAAAAGGCUGUUUUCAUGGUUUCCAGAAUACUGUGCAUGGUUUCUAGAAAGUUUGAGAAUUGUAGGUGAGUGGAGUAGGACUAUGAAAGUUGGUUAAAAUUAGCCUCUGUCCAUUCCUGAUAGGAAACUAGUAUCUUGUUUCUCAUCAAACGUUUAUGUUAUAUUAACUCCUUUUUUUUUUCCUGAUUGAAAUUGGAAUCGCACAUCGGUUAUGAGACCUGUAGUGACCUGCUUUUGAGUAUUUUCUGAAGCAGUGAAGCUGUCUUUUCAAAACUCAAGAUUCAAAGUUGAUGAAUUGCAUGUUAAUUUCAUACUAGCCUUUAAUCUCUGAGGACUGAAGUGAAAAUCUUUAGGUCGGAAUGGAAAUUAUUGUAGUCUCAUCUUAGUCCUCCUUUGGCAAUAUUUGUUUAUUUCUUUUAAAAACUCAUUCCCAUUUAUUUAGAAAGUGCCUAUCCUUGUACAUUAGGUGCAUAUGCAAAUUAUUAGUAAACGAUAGAGCCAAAACUACUUGACUGCCCUGUUGAAACCUUGUCAUUUUCUGCACCAUACACGCAAGCUUACUUGAUAAGCACUCACUAUGCAGAGCAAAGUAGCAGCUGUAUUCUCUGAUCUACUGACCACUCUUACAGCUGAUAAUUGUCUGCAUACAUUUCUCCUUUUCUCCCCAGCUGCUCCUCAUCUGUGAUGAGCUUUCUAGAAAUGUCUAGUUAACCUUAUUUUUUUAAAAAAGAGAUGUCAAAAGCCAGCACAUAAGGUGAAAGUAAUUCUUGUGGCCUUGCACUCAUUUAUAUCUGCAGCCUUUUACAUCAUGAAUGUUAAAUAAUGGAAACUGUUAUUUUUGCUACUUUGUUCAGUAUGUAGCAGUGUUCCUUUGAGUUCUGCUGUACCUCGAUCUGGUUCAUUUCUAACUUUAGAAAUGUAUUAGCAUUUUCUGUUGUCACUGUUGGUGUGAUUCUUCCCCCCUCCAUCCCACACCCUCCUCGUUCUAGGUGUCCUACCUUUUUUAGUCCUGUUGCUUUUCUGAUUUCAGAGGAGGCACUGUUGAAUUUUAGCUGUUCCCUCAUUGCUGUUUAUUUUGUUCCACCCUUUUGACAAGUAAGCACUUUGAAUAAAACAGAUAUCUGAGUUCCAUCAUCUCAGGGAGCAAAUGUGCAUAGUUGUCUCCUGAGCUUUGUGGUUCCUACCAGAUCUGCUGUUUUCACGUUCUCUUUGCGUUAUGUCUGUUGAUAGCUAUGAGACAGAUGACUUCAGUUCUGACUUCUGAGUUGAAGUAGGAGAGGUUACACAUACAAAAAGUGGACUUGUUACAGCAGUGAAAUGCAGAUGAAUUAAAUUUAAAUCCAUAUGAAAGGCAUUUCACUCUGCCUGGCGUCUGUUAUACUUGUCAAACACAUAUACUUCGUACUCACUUGAAGGUAGCUCUUUGGUCAUUAUCCCUUCAGUGUAUGGAGGAUUUACAUGUGUCAGUCAUGGUCUUUAUUAGGUGUCAAACACAAAAAUCCCUCAAAUGUUCAGUUGGAGAAUAGAAACUUUUUUGAUACGACCAAAAAAAUCUUUGUUACACCUUAAAUACUUAACGUAAAAAUUAAGAAUAUCUAAACAAGUAUCUGCUGUAUUGACUUUCCAGGACUCUGUAUGUGUAAAUAGAACCUAUUUAUUAGUGAGCUGCAACUAACACUAAUAGUCUGUCACAUCACAGUUUGACAAGUGAAGCUUCCUAUUAAUAAUCUUGGUUUAUAUUGAAUAUAUGUAUUUUUCUGAAGUAACUAGCACUGAAAAAUGAAAACACUGAAUUAAUUUGUUGAAAUAGUAGAAACUGAGGUUUAGCUUUUUAAUUUAAAAAUAGUGGGUUUGUAUUUGAAGAAAGGCUUGGGGUUAGUAAAUCUGAGGUGAUUUAAGUGGGCAUUUGUAUGCAUGUUGUACCCUUCUCACCUUGUUUCAUAAAACAUCAGGAGUUCUACAGAUCUUCCUCGGUUGUCUUGAGAUUGUGUAACUGCUGAACUUUUACUGUUCAAUGUUAUCAAAUCUUUAUCUCUUACCUGUUAUCUUUGCAGAGGUUAGUCUUUGUAGUAUCUCUUUGGUGCUACUGAAUAUGGGCUUAAGUGAUGCACAGUUUAAGUGUGUACUGUGUUAGGCACCAAUGAUGUCAACAGUUAUUAUUCCUACUGCCCAAGUGUUUCAGACAGCAGUGUUGAAAUGUUAUGGAUUAAGAAAUCUCUCAAAAGCUGCAAUAAGUUUAGGGAUUUUGUUGUUUUGGGUUUUUUUGUCAGAUUGAGUUCCCCUUCCCCUGCAAGACAGUUGCUCUACAGAGUGGAUAAUGCUACAGAAGUGAAAUCCUUCUUCAGCUGUGGAGCUUUCUCUUUUAAAAAUUUAAUUUAAUUUUAACCUUAUUCUUUCCCUGGAAUGUAAAAAAUGCUUCUAAUGGGAUAUAGGGAAAAGGAGGAUGGCAACAAACAUACUGUGUCAGGUUUGGUUGCUUCAAUGCUAUUGCAAUAUAGUUACUACAGGUUACAUAAAAAUGGUUUAUUUUAUUAGCUUCCAAAUAAUGUAUAUAUAGAUUUGUUAAUGGCUUACUAGUCAAGCUUACUCUUUUUGCUUUUUAAACAAUAGUUAUAGGCAUGUUGUAUUUGCCUUGUGUAAAUUAUAAAAGGCUAUUUAUUAAGUUUUCUGAUAACUAAUCUAUUUAUUAACCUGUAUUGUUUUAAAAUAAAUGAUUUAUUUCUAGCUCAA